CAGUGUCAAUUUUGAUUUUUGUUUUCAUCUUGAUCUUGCAGUCUUGUUGUUGUGGGCAAAAUUUCCCUUAUUUUUGAAUUUUACUAAUUUUACCUAGUAAAAAUGGCCAAUGAUACCCCAGAGAGCGAUUUCUCGAUAGAAUGCUUUCAGAACUACUCGGCUCCAGAGGUAUUUGUCCAGGGCCUGGCCGGGAUGGUGGAUCAAACUGAUGUUGAAGUAAUCAUUCGAGCGCAGAAAACCAUGCUACAAAGGUUUGAGAAGACAACAGAAAUGCUGACCAACUGCAACCAGCUGUCAGCUAGCCGUCUCCGGGCUGCCUCGGUGGAGUUCAAGAAGCACACGCAACUCUUGCUAGACAUGAAGAAGGACCUGGAGUUCAUAUUCAAGAAGAUCAGAGCUAUUAAGACUAAGCUAAGCACACAAUACCCAGAAGCAUACAAACUAGCAGCAGCCCAAGCAGUCAUAAAAAAACCAGUUGAAGAAGAGGAAGAGUUCCCUUCCGAAACCCAAAUAGAAUCAAAAAUGGUUGCAACUGUCUCUACAGAAACUUUGAAACCGACAACCAGCGAGGAAAAGAAACCAAAGAAGAAGACAGAUAAAAUAGAUUCAGAAGUACAACCCAAGGAAUCUUCUAGAAGUGUUAAGAAGGUUAAAAGUAGUAGUUCUUCUGAAACAGAAAGUGCUAGUUCUGGUGAUGAAAGUAGUACAGAUACUGGUUGAUUUUAGUAAAGUUAGAUAUUUUUGAAAGUUCACAUUAUAUUUAUACAUCUACUUUUAAAAUUAUUAUAAUUAAGUAAAGUGAUGAGACUAGGGCAGUAUGACCUAACCUAAGGGAAAUUUUGUAAAAAAAAAUGUAGGCAUAAAGGACUAUGGGUAAAAAGGCCUCAGAAUAGCUACUUGGUAUAAUAAUCUUCUUUAUUAUCUAACAUUGUUGUUAUAAAUCUAAGUGGCUGCAGUGAGGAAUAUUUUGCUCAUUGCUCUUUAGAACCACCAUGUUAAAUCAAUGGAUUUGAUCUCAAAUUAUGUUUUAUUUUGCUUUAUAAUAUUUUUGUCAUAAUAAGUUUGUAAGUAUUGAAUCUACUAAUCAAUUCUAAGCAUUCCUACUUAAAACUUAACAGUUCCCUGUCGAUGUAAUGUAUUAUUUUAAGUAGGUUACAAAUAAACUUUUAAAUUAUU